GUGCGCAGGGGCGGGGGUGCAGGGCGCAGGGGUGGGGUGCAGGGGCGCAGCAGGGAGCACCCCCGGGGGCGCACCGCCCGCCCGGCUGGAGGCGAAGCGCCUGGCGCGCGGCAUGGGCUGCGGACCUUCACAGGCUGCGGAGGACCAGGGACGCGUACCCGCGCCCAGGAAGGGCUGGGAAGAGGGAUUUAAGGCUGAAGUCGGUGGGACUCAUUCCGGGGAGGACCGCAGGCCCCAGAAUGAAGCUGCCUUACCCAAGGACACCGUGAGCGACCCUGAUGGCCUGGAAAAACAGGCUCCGUUGGGAAGCUUACCUGGAACCAUACCAGAAAGUUCCCCAGCUCUUAGUGAAGGCAACAGAAGAAUACAUUCAGACCUAGUGACUGGUGGAUUAAUCCAUAAACCUCAACCCCCAGAGAGCCGAGAGCGACAAAAGUCAUCAGAUAUCCUGGAGGAAUUAAUUGUUCAAGGAAUAAUACAAAGCCACAGCAAAGUAUUUAGAAAUGGAGAAUCCUAUGACGUCAUGGUAAACACCACGCCACUGAGAAAGCCGCCCGCCAGGCUGAAAAAGCUUAAGAUCAAAAAGGAAGCAAAGGCUUUCACAAUGAACGACCUGGAACAGAAGAUGCAGGCCGUGGAGAGGCGCAGAAAGACUAAAGAAGAAGACGUAAGAAAAAGGCUAAGGAGCAACCGACUUCUGUCCCCGGCCGGUCAUCCGGAGACAGUGGAACUGGGUGGGGCUGAGGUCCCCUUUGCCCAAGCACUGGGCACGGUGACCUCUGCUGCCUUUGAGCCGGCCCACCUGCAGGGAGCAAAGCCCCUGAAGAGGAAGAAGAGCGAUGCUGGCUCCAGGGGAAGAGACUUCCCUUAUGAAGGACUUGGGGUGGUGGAGUCAGACCGGUCCUACAACCAAGCGGAUGAUGCAUUUGAAUAAAGCCACCUUCCGUGACCUUCGUGACAAGGGACAAGGUGCGCAUUCUCCCCAGGUUGUGACGAUCUUAGUGUGUCGUGUAUUGUUUCUGGCGGCCUGAUCUCACCCCGCUGGGGUAUGCCGUGGGUGGAGGAAUGGUUGUGUAAGCUGCAUGGGCUGAGCUGAGCGGGGUAAGUGAGGUGCUGAUGCUAGCAAAAGGGAGAAAACCCAGAAGAUUUGACUAGCUUCCAUAUGAUAAAGGUGGCAUUCUCCUCCAGCGUGGCUCCGAACACCGUGAAGAUGUCUUUAUGAACACUUUCCAGCUUACAUCAAUGUGCCAGAUGAAACCCUUCUUUUUGGCUCCGGGCCCUCGGCUCUGCCCACCCUCUGGGGGUUUACCCUCAGACAAAGUGCACGGACAUGUCUUAUGUAUUUUAAUGAUCUGUAGGUUUCUUUUUUUUUUUUUUUUUAAAGAUUUUAUUUAUUUAUUUGACAGAGAUAGA